ACCAUCAACCUUUCACAAACUCCAACCGGUUAUAAAGCUGUUCAAGUAGAUUGGGUAGAGUGCUCUCUCUCUCUCUCCUUAAUUUCUUCAUCUUUCUCAAAAUGUCAUCUCUCUUUCCCUCAUAGUUUCUAGAGUUUCUAAGGUAAUACGAUGAGGAAACCUUGCUGUGAUAAACAAGAUACCAAUAAAGGAGCUUGGUCCAAGCAAGAAGACCAGAAACUCAUUGACUACAUCCGAGUUCAUGGUGAAGGUUGCUGGAGAUCACUACCUCAAGCUGCAGGCUUGCUUCGGUGUGGUAAAAGCUGUAGAUUGAGAUGGAUAAACUAUCUGAGGCCAGACCUUAAAAGAGGCAACUUUGCUGAAGAUGAAGAGGACCUCAUUAUUAAGCUCCAUGCACUCCUAGGCAACCGGUGGUCCUUGAUAGCUGGGAGAUUACCUGGGCGCACAGAUAAUGAAGUUAAGAACUACUGGAAUUCCCAUUUAAGGAGAAAGCUUAUAAGCAUGGGUAUUGAUCCGAAUAACCAUCGCUUGAACCAGAAGCUCCCUCGAACCCAAAAUUUCUCUGGUAGUGACACAUCUUCUGGAUCAAAGACUCAGGCAUGUCAGCCAUGUAAGCCUAGAAAAUCUCAAGGGGAUAACGAUCAGGUUUCUGAUGCUGGAAGCUGCCUUGAGGAUGGAACCUGCACCUUGCCUGAUUUGAACCUUGAUCUAAGGAUGAACAUUCCUUCUCCUUCUCGUUCAGUUCCAGUGGUGGAAGAAAGACCGAAAUGUAUGGAUUCAAAUAUUACUAAGGAACUUGAAAGUUCCUCAUCUCCUACACUUGUUCUCUUUAGGUGAUAGAAGACCUUAUGAGUUUGUGGGUCUUAUGAGAUCUGUUUUCAAGUACAAAGAAUCAAAGACAUUCGUAUUUGUUUGGGUGUCUCUUUGUCAAAGGUCAUAAGAUAUAACCUUGUUUUGGUGUGUUUAAGAGAAGGGACAGUGCCAGACAAUCCAAGGUCUAAGUGGUGAGUUUGAGUCUCUUUUGAUUGAUAACAAAAGCUCACUACUCAAGAUGACAGGAGUGGUUCAUUCCCUUCAUUGAAGUGAUUACAGAAGUGUACUGUAAAGUUAUACUACCACUACCAACUUAUAGAUAAAAUGGUAGGCAGUCUCUCAUGUAUUCUAUCUCCACUUCAAAUUGUGGUUAUACCAUUGUAGAAACUAAUGUAGAUGCAUAUCUUAGUUUGUUGUGAGUACACAACAAUUGCACUUGUA